AUGGAUUCCAUGAGAAGCCUGAAUACUUCUCUCCCUCGCACCUCGCCACCAAAACACUCGAUGGGUGAGCCUCCGGAGCAACUCUUGUCAGCGUUCAAAGCCGCUGCUCUAUCGGUUACCACCCUUUACAAGACUGCCGCCCAAAAUCAAAGCAAAGCCAGAGCGGACGGUUAUCAGGAUGCUUUGGAUGAACUGCUAGCAUUCCUGGACAAAGAAGAUAUUGGACUGAGCGACGGCGAAGGUUGGAGGAUUCGCCGAUGGGCAACAGAACGAUUAGAUGGGCGAGACUCGGUCUCACACGCUGAAAGUGAAGAUGAAAAUCCAAUGGACAAGGCCGAUGGAACCUCAUCACCAGUCAUCCAGAGAUCUCAGAGUGCCACUCGAUUGGGUUCCAAUCCAAAAUCCGCCAGAGCAGGCUCUCCUCAACGAGUCGAAACUGUUCUACCGACUGCCAAUAUCCCACCGCCGGUUUCAGAUCCCACCCCACCACCACAACCUGUUGCUCAACCUCCCAUCAUGCCCCCACAGAGCUUCUUCUCGUUCCGAUCCUCGCAUCCAUAUCCACAAGACACCGACUCGCCAGUUGCAGAUCUAGAAAUGACAGACAAUACACGAACUCUAGGGCACGAUAACUCUGUGCAAUCAACGAACCCUGGUAUUACUAUCACCCGCCCACAACGGAACGCUUCACGACACAACACCCACUCGGCACGUACUGGUACGCGAAGUUCUGGCACGAUAGGAAAGGGUGCAGGCCAGAAGCGAAAGAUCAACAUGCACGAAUUCUUCGAUAUCGGAAACGUAACAAAGGACAACUUUGGCGGUGGCGGCAAGAGGGGGAGAUUUAUAUGA